AGCUAUAUAUAGUGCUCUGGGAGGUACUUAGACUAUAUUUAGAUCUAAGCCAGCAACCAGACACGUGUACGAGUAGUUUGCGCUAUGGCAAGUCAAAGAAAUCGUUUCAGACAUUCUCUAGUUGUCAAUUUUGACAAUGAAGCAGCUAAGGCUGCAUUCAAGACAAGGGCUGAGCAUAUACGCUCUGUGCUUUCUCCUGCUGGACAGCCAACCCUGGACAACGCUGGUUUGAUGUCAGCCAUGUUUGACCUGGUUGAGCAGCUGAUUCCCGCGCCUUACGCGGGUAGUCCUAGUGUAGUUCCUGCAAGACAGUCAUUCAACAAAGACAGUGGCAUCUAUACUGGUAAUAUUAGACCAGAUGAUGAAGCUGCAUUCCUCACUGAGAGGACGUGUCUGGCUGAUUUGUUGGAGGGGUUGAAGACAUCUUGUUCGUGUGGCUUAUCUGUCAACCCUUGGACAGUAGGAUCACUUGUUCAGAAGGGCCAUGUCCUGAGGCUAAAGUUCUCGUGCCGCAGAUGCCAUGUCGCUGAGAGAACGUGGUCCAGCUCCAGAGUGUUUGGAGCGCGUUACUUCUUGAACCAAAAAAUGGUUCACAGUCUCACCUGUGCCGGUGUGCUGCCAGUCCAGUACAUCAAACUCUCUAAGUUUGCGGGAAUCGGCCAUGUUGGACAUGGGUACAUGAAGAAAGUGUACUACGCCAGUGGAUACUCUGAUAUAGUGGGCAGGAUGGCAGAGGAGAGCAUGAAUGCUGCAGUGGAUGAAGUGAAGGCCCUGCCAGCUUAUGCCGAGAAUGGAGAGUGGGUCAUUACUGACGCCAGGCAUGACUCCACUGCUAAUGCCUACCACACUACUGUGCCUUGUCUCGCUGGAAGCACCAAGAAGAUAGUUGGGAUAUCUACAGUGUCUCGAACAGACCACGGUGUUGCUCAGACACGAGAAUUGCAGUGCACUAAGAUUGCUGUGCCACAGGCAAUUGCUCGUGGUCUGAAUGUUGUAGAAGUGGCGCAUGAUAUGCAGCAUCAAGUGUCUCGUUACGUGACCUCUGAUCUGGGACUGAAGAACUCCUUUGAUACAUGGCAUGGGACCAAGAAUUUGUCAAAGUGUCUCCAGAAGGUUACUCAGGGUCGAGUUAGAGACAAGGGACUGACAUGGUUUCCUGAGCUGGUUGACAAGCGAAAGAGUAUAAAGGUGCAUCUAUACUGGGCUAUGAAGAAUUGUGAUGGUGAUGGCCAGAAGCUUCGUAGUCUGAUAGAAAAUAUCGCUAUGCACUAUCAGGACAACCACCUUGAAUGCCACCCUUCAUCGACUUGUCAUCUCCCUCACUACGCUCCUGGCAAGGAUCUGCUGACUGACCCGGCUACUGUCCAGCAGCUGGAGAAACAAUUGAAGGACACCUACAUCUAUCGCUUCCCAGAGUCCUUCUGUAGGUGUCGUGAUAUGUAUUGGGUGGAAAGUUUCAACCACCAGCUUCUCUGCUACAUCUCAAAGAGGAUCCACUACUCUACCAGGGUUUUCUCUAUGAGAAUGAACUUGGCUGUGUUGGACUGGAAUGAGAACGUGGGACGAGAGCACACAAGCGAGCGCAAGUUGAAAGACCUUCGGCGACCUGACCGCAGAACUGCCAUGAAAGCUCUCGUCAAGAAAACGUAUGAGUUUGCUUAUGUACUGUGGACCACCUACGUUACAAAGAACAUGACAAGCUUGGAUUUUCUUGAUGAAGAUGAUGGCGAUGAUGGCGAUGAUUCUGAUACUUUAGAAGAUGGGGAGAUUGUACCUGAUUCAGACAGUGAUUACGAGGAUGAUGAUCCUGGCUGUGUGGGACCAGACGUCUGAUUGUCGUGGCAUGAUGUCUCUCCUGUCAUCCCUUGCAGUGCGCAGCUCCUUCGCUCUCAAGUACUCCUCGUCCUGCCACACCCCAAGCGUGUUCAGACACCUCCAAAACAGCUUGUAGAGCCUGUGUCGCUUCUCUGCAUUGGCUGGAUGUGGGUCACAUGAUCCCUUCAAAAACGUUGGAGGCUGUUGAAUGACGCACGGGGCACAGAAACAGUGUGGACAGUGGUUGAGCCCUCUGUGGACGGGCACAUUAUGUUGUAGUGUCUCGUAACCACGAGGAAGAUCACGCACACUCACAUCUGCUGAAAGAAAGCGAUAAUAAUUGGCUAAGUUGUACACGUAUUGUGAUAUGGUCACUUACCUUGCCUUUCUUCCAGAUCAAUUUCAUUCUCUGGUCUAACCACCCUCUCCCAAACGAUCUCUGCCCUAAACCCUCUUGUUGGCUGGUGAUCACGAAUGAAUUUGUUCAAUUCUGAGAUGAACACUUGAGGAGGAAUAUCGUCGUAUUCAACUCUAACCUGGAACAAAACUGUGUAUAGCUUCAUAUUGUUUGUAUUGGUCUUACUUUUAUGGUUUUUGCAGCCAUAGUAAGCGCUAGCAAAGAUAAUAUCUCUGUGGAUAGUAGCUAGCUGUGUGUGCAAGUCUUGCGGCACAAUUUGAAAUUGUAAUCACUUCCUUCCGGAC